AUGCGACCACACGUGGCGCGGUGGAAAAGGUUAUGCACCACCCCGCCAAAUACCCUUGGCCGGAUAGCCUUGCAGAGGCUCUCGACGCAGGCCGUCGGCAACCUAAAGAUUCUACAACAUCAACAUAUCAGCGACCCUGCUCAGGACGGCAUCGUGAAGUACGAUCACGCAAGCGAAGUACAAGAACGGCUGCGCGAGAGGUUCCUACAGUGGAAGAGCCACUCGUCCGAGAAGCCAGACGCAGCAGACACCUGCCCUCCCCCGCAGCUCAUCACCUUCGAGUCCACACCGACAUAUACCCUUGGGCGGCGGCAAGACAACCCGUCCCCCGAGCAAACCGGCCGGCUACGUCAGGAGCUUACGGUAGACCUCCCGCACCGCCCCAAUGCGAUACGUGGACGGACGUUCACCCCUGAUAUCAGGAAAACAAACCGCGGCGGGUUGACGACAUAUCACGGCCCAGGCCAGAUUGUUCUAUGGCCUGUCCUCGACAUGCGCUCCCCGCUAUACCCCAACUACUCGGUUGCCUCAUACGCGGGACACUUGGAAUCAACGACACAGCGCCUUCUUGCAGAGCUAUUCGGGAUCAAGACAUACAUCAGCCCUGAUGAGCCUGGUGUUUGGGUCACCACGCAGGGGAACCAGCCGGCUCGCAAGAUUGCUGCUCUGGGCGUGCACCACCGCCGCUACGUAACAGCGCUCGGCAUUGCGCUCAAUGUCGACAUUCCCGUCUCUGGCCCCGAGUCUACGAACGCAUGGGCACGUUUUGUGCCAUGUGGUCUGGACGGAAAGGAGGUUACAUCUAUCGCUGCAGAGGUAGGUUCCGAAAAGGACAGGCCCUGGGACCUUGCGGCUUUAGCAGGUACAUGGGCAAAAUUGUUUGAAGAGGGGCUGCUAGAUGCCCCUAAGCGGUUAUUCGAAGGCCUUGAUUCCUCACUCUCCCGAUGA